AUAUAAAUAUAAACAUGCAGUCGUUACAGAGCUUUACUUUUUUCUUAACAUUAUCAAUUGUAUGUGGAAUGAAUCCUUGGGAGUUUAAAGGUACCACUCCUGGUAUUAAAGAAAUUAUUUUAGGUCGCUGCGCUCAAUUUCAGCAAAUAAAUCCUCUAAAUCGUAUUCCAGAAUUAUCUAUGGACGUCGAUUGCAUGAAAGUUUGGAAAUUGUUUUCUAAUAGCUUUGCAUUUAAAAAUACUUGUAACGGGGAGCUUAACGAAACAAAUUAUGAACCAUUUUUUAAUUUAAUGAGCAAAAAACCUUUGGCUGAUCGGACUUUAUUUUGGUCAAAAACUUACGAGAUCGCACAUCAUUACACAACCGUACAAAGUAAUCUUUAUACACUAGAAGACACAUUUCAAGGUUACCUGGUAAACGGUCUAAAAUGGUGUGGUUGUAAAAACUGUAAAGACGGGAUCGACUAUAACAGCUGCAAUGAUAGUUGCGCGUUUAGUACCUCAGGCCCGUUUUGGACAACUGCAUCAAGAUUACUCGCUGAAAAUGCUAAAGGAACGGCUUAUGUUAUGAUUAGUGGAACUACAGGUUCAAAUGUCACUGCAUAUAGCAAAACAAGUUUUUUCGGAAAAAUAGAGCUACCAACUAUGGGUAAACUGAAAAAAGUAAACCGAUUAGUAGUGGUUGUGGUUAAUGACCUCGGCAAAACGCCAAAGGAAAAAUGUGGCACAGGCACAGUGAAAGAAUUAGUUGGAGAUGCUAGAGCGGCUGGAAUUAACAACGUUGUAUGUAUUGAUCAACCAAGAGACACGCUGUUUUUGUUAUGUGCUAAGUUCCCGAACGCUAAGGAAUGUGCUUCAAUGUCAACAGUAGAAACUAUCAAGAAAGAUAAAGCCCAAAAACAGAAAAAAGUUCACCAAGUGAAGAAAUUUCAAAAAACUGGUUAAUUAAAGACGUUCUUAAAGUUCAAAGAAAAUUCUUUGUUUAUUGAAGAAUUUUUCGUUAAAAACUUACAAAUUUUUUUUACAAAAUAAAAAGAAGUUUGUUUCAAAACACUGCAAAUUAAAAUACUGAGCGAAAUCAAAAACUUAUUUGCAUCUCUCAACAACGAAAAUAUACUUUAAUGCGUUUCAUUUUGUAUAUUGUAUUUAUAUUAAAAGGAAACCAAAAUGUGAAAAGAAUUUAUCUAAAGUGUAAUUUUUAAGUUAAAAAAAUUUUCAUGAAA